GCGCUGCGACGGUGCAGGCCCGGGGAGAAGCGGGCGGCGCGCCCGGCGCGGAGGGGCGACCGGCGGGCUGGCGGCGCGCACCCGAGAGACUGUGGGCUAAGAGAGAAGAGAUAAUUGAUUCCAUUAUGUGUGCGUCAGCCAAAUAUAACACCCGGGGUCCAGCCCUCAUCCCAAGAAUGAAGACCAAGCAUCGCAUUUACUACAUCACUCUCUUUUCCAUAGUUCUGCUUGGCCUAAUUGCCACAGGAGUGUUCCAGUUCUGGCCUCACUCCAUUGAGUCGUCCAGUGAUUGGACUGUUGAAAAACGCAGUGUCCACGAUGUGCCUGUGGUCAAGCUUCCUGCUGACAGCCCCAUUCCUGAACGGGGAGACCUCAGCUGCCGGAUGCACACCUGCUUCGAUGUCUAUCGGUGUGGCUUUAAUCCCAAAAACAAAAUCAAAGUGUACAUCUACUCACUGAAAAAGUAUGUGGAUGAAUAUGGGACGUCAGUGAGCAAUACUAUUUCCAGGGAAUACAAUGAGCUACUGACUGCCAUCUCUGAUAGUGAAUACUACACUGAUGAUGUCAACCGAGCCUGCCUUUUCGUACCAUCCAUAGAUGUCCUCAAUCAGAACACACUCCGUAUCAAGGAGACAGCACAGGCCUUGGCACAGCUAUCCAGGUGGGAUCGAGGCACAAACCACUUGCUCUUCAAUAUGCUGCCUGGAGGGCCACCAGAUUAUAACACUGCACUGGAUGUUCCUAGAGAUAGAGCUCUGCUAGCUGGUGGAGGCUUUUCCACGUGGACUUACCGGCAAGGCUACGAUGUCAGUAUUCCUGUGUACAGCCCUCUGUCUGCAGAAGUGGAUCUGCCAGAAAGAGGACCAGGUCCCCGCAGGUAUUUUAUUCUGUCAUCUCAAAUGUCUCUGCACCCAGAAUACCAGUCUGAGUUGGAAGCUCUUCAGGCUGAGAAUGGGGAAUCAGUGCUGCUCCUUGACAAAUGUACAAACCUGUCAGAUGGGGUCCCUGCUGUUCGCAAACGCUGUCACAACAGUCAAAUGUUUGAUUAUCCUCAAGUGCUUCAGGAAGCUACAUUCUGUGUUGUUCUACGUGGAGCCCGCCUCGGACAGGCUGUGCUAAGUGAUGUUCUUCAAGCUGGCUGUGUCCCAGUCAUUAUAGCUGACUCCUACAUUCUACCUUUCUCUGAGGUUCUGGACUGGAAGAGGGCCUCUGUAGUCAUCCCUGAAGAUAAAAUGCCUGAAAUGUACAGUAUUCUGCAAAGUGUUCCCCAACGACAGAUUGAAGAGAUGCAAAGACAGGCAAGGUGGUUCUGGGAAGCAUAUUUUCGAUCGAUGAAGGCAAUUGCUCUUGCUACUCUUCAGAUUAUCAAUGAUAGAAUUUAUCCAUAUGCUGCCAUUUCUUAUGAAGAAUGGAAUGAUCCCCCAGCUGUGAAAUGGAGCAGCGUGAGCAACCCACUCUUCCUUCCAUUGAUCCCACCACAGUCCCAAGGAUUCACAGCAAUAGUUCUGACUUAUGACAGGGUAGAGAGUCUUUUCCGAGUCAUCACUGAGGUGUCCAAAGUGCCCAGUCUGUCCAAGUUGCUCGUUGUCUGGAACAACCAAAACAAGAAUCCACCUGAAGAUUCCCUCUGGCCAAAGAUUCGCGUUCCUCUGAAAGUUGUUAGGACUGCAGAAAACAAACUCAGUAACCGCUUUUUCCCCUAUGAUGAGAUCGAAACAGAAGCAGUGUUGGCUAUUGAUGAUGAUAUCAUUAUGCUAACCUCAGACGAGCUCCAAUUUGGCUAUGAGGUUUGGCGUGAGUUCCCAGAUAGGUUGGUUGGAUAUCCAGGUCGACUGCAUCUUUGGGACCAUGAGAUGAACAAAUGGAAAUAUGAAUCCGAAUGGACCAAUGAAGUCUCAAUGGUGCUCACUGGGGCAGCAUUUUAUCACAAGUAUUUCAACUAUCUUUACACCUACAAAAUGCCUGGAGAUAUCAAGAAUUGGGUGGAUGCCCAUAUGAACUGUGAAGAUAUUGCCAUGAAUUUCCUAGUGGCAAAUGUCACUGGUAAAUCAGUCAUCAAGGUGACCCCACGAAAGAAGUUCAAAUGUCCAGAAUGCACAGCAAUCGAUGGGUUAUCACUGGACCAGACACACAUGGUGGAAAGAUCUGAAUGCAUCAAUAAGUUUGCCUCUGUCUUUGGGACCAUGCCUCUGAAAGUGGUGGAGCACCGUGCUGACCCUGUUCUGUAUAAAGAUGACUUUCCUGAGAAACUGAAGAGCUUUCCCAAUAUCGGCAGCUUGUGAAGGCAGCUGUGAGACAAACCUGAGCACUGAAAACGCCAGCAGAAGAGGUAGUAAGAAGAAUAUAAGGCUCUGAAAGGAAAAAAAAAUGCUAGAGAGUGGGUUACAUCUGAGGGAGAUGGCAAUUAAUGUAUUCUGGUGCAUUGUCCUCCUUUUAUAUUGCACUAAGAUGUAGUGGAAAGCUGAACAACUCCUUCUCUGUUGCUCAUAGAAGACUGAAUCUAUUGACAAGUCCUGCCAGAAAUGUCAAGCAAACACUUCUCCAAAGGAGGCUGUGCACCCGGGAGAAUAAAACUGAAUUUCUCUCUCUGAGGCAUGACUGACUUCUUCAACUGAAUGUGCUAUGGCCCUCUGGUUUGUAAGCAUCCAUCCAUCUGAAGCAACUGUCUCCAUUGUGUAGCUGCUCUUUUGGGAGGAGCUUAUUUUCUGGGUGGUUGGUGGACUUCCAUCUAGAGCAUAAUUUUGGGCCUACAUACCUACGUAACAAACAUUUUUUUCCUUCUUAGUGGGACAAAUGUUUAUUUUUUUACAAAGUCAACAACAAAAAUCAGUAUUUUGUUACGUGAUUUAAAAAAGCAUUUUCUUACUUUUUUAAUGCAAAUUGAGGCACACAGCAGGAUGGUCUUUAAUGCAGAGACCUGCAGGAUACAAUUCCACUUGCUGUAGCCUUCCUUUCUGCAUAAAUCUCAGGUUUUCUGCUGCAUCGAUGCCAGAGACUGGGACUCUAUGUCAAAACUAGUUGUAUUAUACAGAGAAAUGUGUCUUUCAAUCUUACUAUAUAUUUGCUUUUCAUUAUUCAGCAGAGCAGCCAGGUAACUAUUUUACAUCAUGGCCAUAUGUUGCAACAGCAGCUUUUAUGGAGUUUAUAUAGGUAAAGGUUUAAUGUCUGAAUCCUCUUCAGCAAACAGUCUGUUUUAAUACUGAUUUGUAAACCACUUCAAUUUACAGAAAUCUCACUUACAGCUUUAAUGUGCAGGGAUAUGUGCAUGUACAAGGUACUAUUAAUGCACAUUGUAACCUGCUAGAAAAAAAUUGCUGGGUCUUAGUUUAUAAUUUAAAUAGGGAACCCAUUGCUGCAGGCUGCCACUGAAACAUAGAGCUCUGGAGAUCCUUUACCUUUCUUACAAGCCCUGGCAAUGUUUCUCAACACUGAAAUUAACUCGAAUUAGAAAACUAAAUUCAGUAAAAUUAGAAAUAAAAUUGCCUGGACUAUUGCCUCGUGUCCUUUGAUAUUAAAGAUGAUCUCAAGUUGGACUGAGAAAAGAAUCUCUUUUCCAGCUCCACAGAUAAGAUGUCUGUUGCCAGAUAAGGGCGAUUUAACUGUUUUUUGAAAUGUCCAUUGCUGCCAGUUACAGGGAUAGCCUACUCGAUGGGCCAUUUUUCCAUUCCACUGUGAGCAACCUUAUUUCUCAGAUUUUGCCAAACCUCAAACAAUAGGACAAGUGUUAGGCAUCACAGUUCACCCCCUCUCCUAAGCUGGGUAGGCAGCAAUGACAGAAACCAAAUGAAAGUCAGGCUAGAAACAGGAAACAUCUGCUCCUAUUUGUCUCACCCCCACUAAGACUUAUCUUAUUGCCCAACGCAGUGGAUAUGCUGUGAAUGAAAAUCAUAUUGGAACAAUAGCUCUGAGGGGAUGCUUCACUUCAUAACUCCGCUGGGACGUGCCUGUAAACUGUAUCGUCCAAAUCUCUGGGAAUGUUUAAUUACUAGUAAAUGUUUUUCACUGUAGUCUUUGUUUCAUUCCUGACUUGCUGUGAGAGGGAUGUUAGGGAGUUAGGGGGAUAGCUUUAGCAGUGACAACAUCUGCUGCUGCACAGUGGGUAUCACAAGAUAUAGGAAUGUCUGUUGUUCUCUGUUUCUCCUUUGCUGUCUUGUGUGUUCAUGAAGUUUCUUUCUACAUCUUUCUGUUGGUUAUGUCCUGGUGUUUGAGCAUCAAGAGAUACCAGCAUAUUUCCUCAGAGAAAUUUUCUUCAACAGGGUGGCUGUGACAGUGUAGUGGUCACUUGAAUUUUAGUCUUCCUUUUGGAGCUGAUCUCAGCUUAGCAGUGUAACUGAUUUGUUACAUCUCCUUUGCACGGAGUUGUGAAGCUGCUGUGUGUGAUUUUUGGUUUUUCUUCAGUAAUACCAGUAUUACACAUUUUGCUCGAGGUGUAAAAAGACCUGGAGGAUUCCAGCUGGUUGGUCGAAUGUUUUUGGGUGGGAACGGCCUAACCAACCCUUCUAAACCGGUCUAUGGUCUCAAGUCAGUUAAAAGGCAGCAGGUCUUCGUGUCUGCAUCCCAGAGUGUCAGAGUGCAUUCUCUGUCCUCAAAAUGUUCAGUGACCUGUACCAGUCUUCAUUUUUUUUUUGUCUUUUAGCAGUUUACUGUUGCUUUUAUAGGGCAGUCUCACUGAAAUGGUAGUUUUUCUCUGCUGAUGCCAUGGAGAAAAUUGGGCAAUUGACUGAAGACAAAAAAAAAAAGUGUAAAAUGACCUACUUCCUCGUUUCAUUUAUAAUUGUUUUGUUGUUCUUGAUGCUAAACCUAUAAAAGUAAGAUGUACUUAUAUGACUGGAAUGGUUUUAUUGUUAGUCGUUAAAUUAAGAUCACUGUUAAUUUUCACUGUAUAUAUGUUACCAAAAGAGUUUAAUAUUGGUAUAUUAAAAAGUAAAUCCAA